UGUAUUUAUUAUAAAACAUUAUUUUAACAGCUGUUAUUCAUCAUUUAAGCGUGUAUUUAUUUCUGAAUAUCUGCAAUUCUCUCCAUCUAUAUACAUUGACAUCUUGCAAUUACAAAGGAUUAUGUUAUUGACAUCGUCACAAGUUUCGGUCCUGAUAUCUUCAGGAAUUGUUCUGUUAUGUACGGCGGCCUUAUUUCUUAGUGGGUAUACGAUCCAGCAACGAACACUCCGUGAUCUCCGAACAGCCAUCAAAAUCAACAGAGAGCCUCGACCGAGCCCAAAAAUCUACCUACCGGACCGCUUUAAGAAGUCUACUACAGAGCUCGAGGAUGGAACGGUAGUAGACUUGGAUGACCCGCGACUAGGACGCCGGAGGAGGAGAAAGAGUGCUGAGGAGGACGAAAUCAUCAUCGUGCGGCCGACGUUCCCGGAUGAGAAGCCAGAGCAACAAAAACCGGUUAAAGCGGAAGAGGAUGGUACUGAUGGAGCUUAUGUGGGGACACCGAAUAACGAAGAGGAAGACACGAAGAAACCGCAGAAACCGAUCAGUCGGGCCGAGAGAAGACGACAGAUUAAAGAAGAAAUUCGUCGUUUGUCGGAAGGCACAGAACGAGUUUACUACCAGAGACGACUGUGGUAGUUAGACUGUGCGGAUGUUGUGGGGAUGUAGUUCUUCUGUUGAUACUCUCUGGUAUACGGGUUAUUUGCGGAACUGGUUAGAUUGGGGAACAUAAGGGCAGGUAUGGUUCUGCAUUUCGGGUACGACAUAUAAUGACAACGGUUAGCGGUCGUGGACAAUGGUCAAGGUUACUUGGUUAGGUCAACGGUUAGGUCUAAUGAUUCUGUUUUACGAGUAUGUAUAAUUGUGAAAUGGGACAACUGAUCUAGGUAAUGUGUUAUGUUGAAAGUUCAAAGUGAUCCUAUAGGUCUCCCCUUCAGUUACCCCCACUUAAGGUAUGGG